GGGCAGGCGCGGCCGGGGUCCUGGCUGCGGCUAGGUGAGGCGGCGCGGUCGGAGCGCGCUCUUUCCGGCGCGGACACCGGGGGAGAGACAUGGGUAAGUGCCGUGGUCUCCGUACAGCAAGAAAGCUGCGUAACCUCCGUCGUGAUCAGAAAUGGCACGACAAGCAAUACAAGAAGGCCCACUUGGGGACAGCGUUGAAGGCCAACCCAUUCGGGGGUGCUUCCCAUGCCAAAGGAAUAGUCUUGGAAAAAGUUGGCGUUGAGGCUAAGCAGCCCAAUUCUGCGAUCCGAAAGUGCGUCCGAGUGCAGCUCAUUAAGAAUGGCAAGAAAAUCACAGCCUUUGUUCCAAAUGAUGGUUGCUUGAAUUUCAUAGAGGAAAACGAUGAGGUUCUGGUUGCUGGCUUUGGCCGUAAGGGACAUGCCGUUGGUGAUAUCCCUGGCGUCCGCUUCAAGGUGGUUAAAGUUGCCAACGUGUCUUUGUUGGCCCUUUACAAGGGCAAGAAGGAGAGACCAAGAUCUUAAACUUGUCAUUACAUUGACAAAUGCUAAAUAAAAUCUUUUAAAGUCAUGCUUUUUCAAAACCUAA